AUGAACUCAGGGGUGGCAACUGCUGCCUUCCAGGUGCACCCGGAGGGAAAGUUUGUGGUGGACGUGGACAAGAACAUCGAUAUUAACGACGUGACCCCGAACUGCCGCGUGGCCCUGCGCAACGACAGCUACACGCUGCACAAGAUCCUGCCCAACAAGGUGGACCCUCUCGUGUCUCUGAUGAUGGUGGAGAAGGUCCCAGAUUCCACUUACGAGAUGAUCGGGGGCUUGGACAAGCAGAUCAAGGAGAUCAAGGAAGUGAUCGAGCUGCCCGUCAAGCACCCGGAGCUUUUUGAGGCGCUGGGGAUCGCCCAGCCCAAGGGUGUGCUGCUCUACGGACCCCCCGGCACAGGCAAGACCUUGCUGGCCAGGGCCGUGGCCCACCACACCGACUGCACCUUCAUCCGCGUCUCGGGCUCCGAGCUGGUGCAGAAGUUCAUUGGCGAAG